AUGAUUGUUGACGAGCAACAAAUUUUGCACUCAAAAAUCUUCCACGCAUUUCCAGCGCAAAAAUGCGCGUCUCUUAUAAUCAACGGUUUGGUGACUCGCCGCAAAAUUCCCAACGCAAACUAUGAUCCAAAUAAGAUUAACAAUAGUGCUGAUAUUUUCCAUUGGGUACUUAUUGAUUCAAAUGGUCCGCCACUUGUUUGGCAAGUUUAUCCCACUUAUGUUUUGCCACCACAAAUGCCACCAAAUAUGAUUGUUCAACCGCCGCCAAGUGGUGAGGUUUUUGUAAUUUUUUUGAAUUUGAAAAUUUUUUAUUGCAGAAAUUGCGACGACUGAUGAAAAUAGUAAAAGUGGACAAAAUUCGAAUUGA